CAUCAACAACCCUUCCAGGUUUCAAGCUAGGGCGAAGUGUCAGUGUAGCCUAGCAGCGAGGUAGCUAAGCUUGAUUUUCUUGGGUGUUUCGCACAUUUGUUGUCUUAUUUUUUUUAAUAAUUAGUGUGACUGUAGCAUACCAGAUAUGGCGUUGUUUGGUAAGUUAUUUGGAGGAGGUGGAAAAGGGGGAAAAGGACCGAGCCCACAGGAGGCGAUCCAGAAACUCCGAGAGACGGAGGAGAUGCUAACGAAGAAGCAGGAGUUUCUAGAGAAAAAGAUCGAACAGGAGCUGGCAAUUGCCAAGAAAAACGGCACGAAAAACAAAAGAGCUGCUCUGCAGGCUUUGAAAAGAAAGAAGCGGUAUGAGAAGCAGCUCAACCAGAUCGACGGCACGCUGUCGACCAUCGAGUUCCAGAGAGAGGCUCUGGAGAACGCCAACACUAACACUGAAGUGCUCAAGAACAUGGGCUUCGCUGCCAAGGCCAUGAAGAGUGCCCAUGAAAACAUGGACAUUGACAAAGUGGACGACCUGAUGCAGGACAUUACAGAGCAGCAGGAGCUGGCCCAGGAAAUCUCUGACGCCAUCUCUAAACCCGUCGGCUUUGGAGAAGAGUUCGAUGAGGAUGAGCUGCUGGCGGAGCUGGAUGAGCUAGAACAGGAGGAGCUGGACAAAAACCUGCUGGAGAUCGGGGGAACAGAAAACGUCCCUCUCCCCAAUGUGCCUUCUACUUCAUUACCUGCCAGACCUGCCAAGAAAGAGGAGGAUGAAGACGACAUGGAAGACCUGCAGCGCUGGGCGAUGGAAGCCAUGUAAACGCAGCAUCUGCCACAUCAUACCUGCAUCAGAGAGGGAAGAGAAGGAGCAAAGGGGGGAUGAAUGGACUGAUAGGAUGUCGUGUAUGAGUAUAUUUUUGUGUGACUGAGGUGCGCUGACUUCAUGUAACACUACGAAAAAGCAAAAAUGCUGUAUACUUUGUUUUCCCGUUCCCCUUCACAAAUACAGAAGCCCCGGGGUGCUCAGCAAACAAGCCAGUUGGAGGGUUUUAUAUCGAAGCUCUAUCACAAACCUUUGCAAACCCAACUAAUAUUUUUAGCCUCAAUUUUAACAUAAUACUAGCACUUAUUGGUCGUUGACCUCAGAGAGGGUAGUUCAUGAGAGGUUAGUUCAUACUGAGGUGUGAUGUCAUGAGCUCUGUGGUGCGAUCAAGAGUUGUGGUCGGUGUUACAGGCUGCGUGAUGCUGCUGACGUCACUGGAUGAUUUCACAGAGGCUUAAUUCUGAAAAAUCUGUUUCUGAACUCACAUAUUUACCUGUGUUAGUGGCGUUAAUCUGGCUGGGUGUUUUUUUUUUCUUUCUUGAUAAAAAUAACAGUCCUUGGCUCUGUUUUUUUUUUUUUUGGUUAAUGCUGUUGAAAAUAGGAGAACAGCGGAGCAUGAGCUGGAUGGAGAAGCUAUGAGCUGUGUGUUUGCCAGAAUCCAAACCUCUUCUUUUGUUUCAGGCUGCGUGCUUUGUCCCUUUCCCCACCUCCUCUUCGCCUCUUGUCGACAUUUCAGCGACUUCUCCCUGCCCCAAAGGCGUUCCCAACAGUGGUUCUUGUUUUUUGGUGUAAAUAUCCCAAACGUGUCUCUUUUUAUAUACUGUAUUUCUGCCGUCACUGAGAGGUUCUGUCGAGGUUGUGUGAAGCAUGCAACAAUUGGAAAUCACAAUACAGAUCACAAUGCACGGCUUGGAAGAGAGGUGUUUUAAGCCUAACAGUUUCAUCCUGCUCUGUCUGUCUCGGUCCUCUCCAUUAGGGUUUUUGUUUCAAAUCGUAUCAUGUUGAAAAAACUAAAAUAAAAUAAACUAUUGUCACACCUUAUUAACUGCAUCUUGAAAGAGAUGGUGGUUUGUAAAAGAUUAGAUUAUAGUCAAUCUACAACAUGUUGGAGUUUAAAGAGUUAAUUCUUUUAGUUUUUCAAAGUCCCAAUGUACAUUUCUUACAUAGGAAAAAAACAACACAAGAACGGAUGGACAAGCAUGUUUGCAUUUCUAUGUUUUAUUUAUCCAGAUGAGAAUAUUAUUUGCAAAAUCAUUAAAGGUUCUCAAUUCUUUGAA